GUGAUAGCAAUUUUUGGACCUAUUUUUUAUCCAAGCCCAAAUUUCAGUGGAAUCAUGACUUGAAGAUGAGCCUUUAUAAUGGCCGCAGUUCAUACAGAAGUGGGGCGCACCGAUAAUAACUCAGCAGAGGAGUCAGAGACAGCGAGUAACGACCAGCAGAAACAGUCUGUUCUAGAGAGUCAUGGUUACUCGCUUGGUAAAAUCAUCGGAACUGGUUCAUAUGCCACCGUAAAACUGGCAAGAUCUGAGAGACACCAGGAAUAUGUCGCCGUCAAGAUAGUUUCAAAAUUCCAAGCACCCACCGACUAUUUAACUAGAUUUCUGCCGAGAGAAAUUGAAGUUGUGAAAGGUCUAAGACACCAAAAUCUAAUCAGAUUCCUGCAAGCGGUAGAGACUACACACAGAGUAUACAUAAUCAUGGAGUACGCAGAAAAUGGAAGCUUGUUGGAUAUUAUACGUAAAGAUACUUACAUCGAAGAAGAGCCCAGAGCUAAAAACUGGUUUUCACAAUUACGGGAUGCUCUCGAGUACUGCCACGAACACGGAGUCGUUCACAGGGACGUUAAGUGUGAGAACCUUCUAAUGAAUAAUAAAUACGAUUUAAAACUGUCAGAUUUUGGUUUUGCUCGUGGUCACAUGAAGCCGCGUAGUGACGGGAUUCCAAUACUCAGUGAAACCUUUUGUGGAAGUUACGCCUACGCUUCGCCUGAAAUAUUGAAAGGCGUCCCGUACGAUCCCACGCUCUCCGAUGUUUGGUCCAUGGGUGUGGUACUCUUCGCCAUGGUGUUUGGGAAAUUGCCGUUCGACGACACAAACUACAACAAGUUGGUCAGGCAAGUUCAGUCUAAGCUCAAAUUUCCAUCGGAUCCUGCAGUUUCUGAGCAGUGUAAGUCUUUGAUAGGGAAGCUCAUUGCUCCUUUAAGAAUCCGUGCAAAGGUCGCACAGAUCGCCAAAGAUCCAUGGGUAUCUUCUAAGCCUCAGGUUACCCGUACGACUGACUCUGCGCCUACAAACACCGCAGCUACCAGCUCUACCUGAGCAUUAAAGGUAUUAAAACUGGAAGCUACAACACUUGUUGAAUUUUGUUAUUGGAAAUACAUAUUUUUUACAGAA